AGGCCACAAAGGCUGCGGUUCCUGUUACUCAGCAGCCUCAAAAACUCACACCAACUCCUGCGAGGAAUGUGAAUCUUGGAGGUCCCAGCUAUUCUGUUCCUGUUUCCAUCAGCUCCUUCCCUGAAAACUCAGAGGUGCUCAGCAUGCCACACUAAAAACCAAACUAAAAAGAUCUUGCAGACAUCUCAACUUUAAUGAGGACUUUCCAACAUUCCAGACUGCUGUCCUGCAAUGAAGCUCUGAGUCAUGGUCUGUGGGGCUAAGGUACUGGCAACAGUGUGAACCCCAGGACAACUAACCUCACUAACCUUCACUCUAAGCAGAAGCCCAGAGUGAGUCUGGCCUGAAAUCAGAGCAAGCACUACAGAAAGACAUCUUUGUUAAUGGAAAGAGGAAAGAAGAAAAGAAUUUCCAAUAAGUUACAACAAACUUUUCACCAUUCUAAAGAACCCACUUUCCUUAUCAACCAAGCUGGGUUUCUCUCUAGUGACUCCUAUUCUAGCCUUUUGCCAGAAACAGAGAGUGUUAAUCCUGGUGAAAAGAUUAAGACAGACACUCAGAAAAAGAGACCUGGGACUGUGAUACUAUCAAAAUCGUCAAGUAGAAGAAUUAUAUCGGAAAGCCAGCUUAGCCCCCCUGUGAUCCCGGCCCGCAGGCCUGGAUUCCAGGUAUGCUACAUCUGUGGUCGAGAAUUUGGGUCCCAGUCAAUUGCCAUUCAUGAACCCCAGUGCUUGCAGAAGUGGCAUAUUGAAAACAGUAAGUUGCCUAAGCACUUGAGGAGGCCAGAACCCUCCAAACCACAGUCUCUGAGCGGCAGUGGGUCCUACAGUCUUCAGGCAAGUAAUGAAGCUGCAUUUCAGAGUGCCCAGGCUCAGCUGCUGCCCUGUGAAUCCUGUGGCCGCACAUUCUUGCCAGACAAUCUUCUUGUUCAUCAGAGAAGCUGCAAGCCAAAGGGUGAGGGUGCCAGAGCACCACAAUCAAACAGUUCUGAUCAUCUUACUGGCCUCAAGAAAGCUUGUAGUGGAACCCCAGCCCGACCAAGGACUGUUAUCUGCUACAUUUGUGGUAGGGAAUUUGGCACCCUGUCCCUUCCUAUUCAUGAGCCCAAAUGCCUGGAAAAGUGGAAAAUAGAAAAUGACCGGCUCCCUGUGGAGCUCCACCAGCCACUCCCACGGAAGCCUCAGCCCCUUCCGACGGCACAGUCCAGCCAAGCGGGACCAAGUCAAGCUCAGCUUGUGUCCUGCCCAAAUUGUAGCCUAACCUUUACCUCAGACCACCUUCUGGUACACCAGAGAAGUUGUAAAACUCAGCCUCAGGGGUCAAAAGAUCAGAAUUUGACCUUAAGGAGUAAAGGAGGCCUAAAAGAGUCCACUAAUUCCAAGCAGCAAAGGAACAGGGCAGCACCCAGUGUAACUGAUAGGGUAAUUCAUGCCACACAAGAGGCUUUAGGUGAACCUGGUGGCGCCCUCUGCCUGUAGGGGAACGAGAGAAAACUAUCCCUAGAAUCAGUCACCUCGCCCCCUAGUAUUUUUUCUAUCAAUGCCUUACAUCAGCCUCAAUGCAGCCUGUUCAAGUUAACUCCCUGUGGAACUCCAGGGCCUAUAUCUCUCUUGGCUGAAUAGAUAUAAGAACAUCCUUGCCUGAUGGGUUCAUAUUCCUCUUCAGUUCUGCUGUCUAAAAGGAGAAGAGAUGGACUUCUUUCUUCCCUGAUCCCUGAUACAAAUAAUCCCCAGGAGACUGUAAUUUGAAAAUGAGUCAUUAAUGCUGUGUCUACAUCACAGAGAUAUAAUUCCCAUUCCAACAGCCAAUAUUUAUUGCUGGUUUAUUUUAGUCAUCUACCUUAGGAAUUCAUUUUUGGCACUGCUGGGUUAUGCUGAGUUUAUCUUACUAAAAUAGAAUCUGUGUCAAAAACCCCAAAUGACUUUAGCAACAAUUAAACACUGAAGAACUUGCAAAAAUACA